CGGGCGAGCUCGCCUGCCUUUCUCCGCCACUACACCCAUGACUAGAGUAGUGAACGCGAGAGCGCGCGUUGCUCGGGCGUGAGAGACUGCACUGAUUAGCAGAAAAAAGACAGUCAGCAGCGAACGUGACACGGGGAAACAGACUCACUUGUGUUAUUUCUAAAAAGAGGGAAAAUGGAUUUCUUCUGAGUUGCAUCGCAGUGAAACCCAGGAUUUUGGUCAUUUUACAAAGAGGAAGGCGUUUUGGAGGAAUUGUACGAAUACCAAUCUUAUUCUCUCAAGCUGCAGGAUUUAAAAUAGGACUUCUAAGCGCUGUAUUUGUAAGCAGGCAAGAGUGCGCGCCCUCUCCAUCCGAAAAGAGUAUCUCGGGAACGCGCAAAGAAUUUGAUUCAGGCAAGAGUAAAGCUGGGAUGUCUUGACGCAGUGUCCCGGGCCCUUCGAAGGAUGCGUUGCGAGUGCUGAUGGGAAGUGCUUCUCCAAUAUGAGUGUUCAUGAUGCUGGGGGGAGACGACGCUACGAGGACUCGGAGUUCACGCUGCGGAUCUACCCGGGGAACAUCGCCGAGGGCACCAUCUACUGCCCCGUCACCGCCCGCAAGAGCACCACCGCCGCCGAGGUCAUCGACCAUGUGAUCGACAAGCUCCAGCUGGACCGCACCAAGCUGUACGUCCUCGCCGAGGUCAAGGAGUUCGGCGGGGAGGAAUGGAUCCUCAACCCCACCGACUGCCCGGUCCAGCGCAUGAUGCUGUGGCCCCGCAUGGCCCUGGAGAACCGCUUCAGCGGGGAGGACUACCGCUUCCUGCUGCGCGAGAAGAACCUGGACGGCUCCAUCCACUACGGCAACCUGCAGAUGUGGCUGCGCGUGACGGAGGAGCGGCGCCACCUGGUGGAGAGGGGCUUCCUGCCGCAGCCGCUGCAGAAGGACCACGACGACCUGUGCAACCUGCCCGACCUCACCGAGAAGACGCUGCUGGACAACCUGCGCAGCCGCUUCCGGCAGGAGAAGAUCUACACCUACGUGGGCAGCAUCCUCAUCGUCAUCAACCCCUUCCAGUUCCUGCCCAUCUACAACCCCAAGUACGUCAAGAUGUACGAUAACCACCAGCUGGGCAAGCUGGAGCCGCACAUCUACGCGGUGGCGGACGUGGCGUACCACGCCAUGCUGCAGCGGCGCCAGAACCAGUGCAUCGUCAUCUCCGGGGAGAGCGGCUCGGGCAAGACGCAGAGCACCAACUUCCUCAUCCACCACCUGACCGCACUCAGCCAGAAGGGCUUCGCCAGCGGGGUGGAGCAGAUCAUCCUGGGGGCGGGGCCAGUGCUGGAGGCCUUUGGAAACGCAAAGACUGCUCACAACAACAACUCCAGUCGCUUCGGAAAGUUCAUCCAGGUGAACUACCAGGAGAGUGGCACUGUGAGGGGAGCGUAUGUGGAGAAGUACCUUCUGGAGAAGUCCAGGCUGGUGUACCAGGAGCACAACGAGCGGAACUACCAUGUGUUUUAUUACCUGCUGGCAGGGGCAAGUGAGGAGGAGAGGACGGCUUUUCACCUCAAGAAACCUGAAGAGUACCAUUACCUCAACCAGAUGACAAAGAAACCCGUCAGGCUGCAUUGGGAAAGUUACUAUGAGAGUGAACCGGACUGCUUCACGGUGGAGGGGGAGGACCUCAAGCAUGACUUUGAGCGGCUGCAGCUGGCCAUGGAGAUGGUGGGGUUCCUGCCUGCCACAAGAAAACAGAUCUUCUCCCUGUUGUCGGCCAUCCUUCACUUGGGGAAUAUCCGCUAUAAGAAGAAGACCUAUCGGGACGACUCCAUCGACAUCUGCAACCUGGAAGUGCUGCCUGUAGUGUCAGAGCUGCUUGAGGUGAAAGAAGAAAUGCUGUUUGAAGCCCUGACCACACGGAAGACUGUGACUGUGGGGGAGAGGCUCAUAGUGCCCUACAAGCUGGCUGAGGCCGGGACGGUGAGGGACUCCAUGGCGAAGUCGCUGUACAGCGCUCUCUUCGACUGGAUCGUGUUCAGGAUCAACCAUGCGCUGCUCAACAACAAGGACCUGGAGGAGUGUGCCAAGAUCCUGUCCAUCGGGGUGCUGGACAUCUUCGGCUUUGAGGACUACGAGAACAACAGCUUCGAGCAGUUCUGCAUAAACUUCGCCAACGAGCGUCUGCAGCACUACUUCAACCAGCACAUCUUCAAGCUGGAGCAGGAGGAAUACCGCUCUGAGGGCAUCAGCUGGCACAAUAUCAACUACAUCGACAACACCGGCUGCAUCCACCUCAUCAGCAAGAAGCCCACAGCGUUGCUCCACCUGCUGGACGAAGAGUGCAACUUCCCACAGGCCACCAACCAGACCCUCCUGGACAAGUUCAAGCGGCAGCACGAGGGGAACAGCUACAUCGAGUUCCCCGCCGUCAUGGAGCCGGCAUUCAUCAUCCACCACUACGCCGGCAAGGUCAAAUACGGGGUCAAGGACUUCAGGGAGAAGAACACGGACCACAUGAGGCCCGACAUCGUGGCGCUCCUGAAGAGCAGCAAGAACGCCUUCAUCUGCGGGCUGAUGGGCAUCGACCCCGUGGCCACCUUCCGCUGGGCCGUGCUGCGGGCGUACUUCCGCGCCAUGGUGGCCUUCCGAGAGGCGGGGAAGAGAUACGUGGAGAAGAAGAGCGGGCAUGAUGAUGCUGUUCCGUGUGCGGUCUUGAAAAGCGUGGAUAGUUUUAGCUUUCUGCACCACCCUGUGCAUCAGAGGAGCUUAGAGAUCCUGCAGAGGUGCAAAGAGGAGAAGUACAGUAUCACCCGGAAGAGUCCCAGGACGCCGCUGUCUGACCUUCAGGGCGCCAACACGCCGAAUGAAAAAUCUCCACGGGAGAGCUUCAGCGUGGGCUGGAACGGGCGUAGCGGGAGGUCCGGCCGCCUGUCGUCCUCGGGCUCCCUGCUGGAAGAAGACGGCGUCUUUGUGAACUCCACCAGCAGCAAGCUCCUGGAGAGGGCCCACGGCAUCCUCAUGAGGAACAAAAAUUACAAGUUGAAGCCUAGCCUGCCAAAGCAUCUGCUGGAUGUGAAGUCUCUGAAGUACCUCAGCUGCCUGACGCUCCACGACCGCAUCACCAAGUCCCUGCUGCACCUGCACAAGAAGAAGAAACCUCCGAGCAUCAGCGCUCAGUUCCAGGCAUCUCUGAAUAAGCUAAUGGAGACACUUGGCCAGUCCGAGCCCUACUUUGUGAAAUGUAUCCGCUCCAAUGCAGAGAAGCUCCCCCUGCGUUUCCAUGACGGCCUGGUUCUGAGGCAGCUACGUUACACAGGCAUGCUGGAGACUGUGCGCAUCCGACAAUCAGGAUACAGCAUCAAAUACACCCAUCAGGAUUUCGUCCGUCACUUCCGCGUGCUGCUGCCCGUCGGCACGGGCGCCACCCAGGAGGGCCUGCAGGCGUACCUGUCCCAGGUGGACCUGGCGCCCGAUGGGUUCCAAGUGGGUAAAACCAUGGUGUUCCUGCGGGAGAUGGAGCGGCAGCGGCUGCAGGACCUGCUCCACCAGGAGGUGCUUCGGCGGAUCGUCCGGCUGCAGCGCCGCUUCCGGGCCCUUCUGGAGAGGAGGCACUUCGUCAGCAUGCGGCUGGCGGCCUGCGCCAUCCAGCAAUGGUGGCGGAGCUACAGGGAUAAGGAGGCGGAGGAGGAGGCGGAGCCUGACCCCGCCCUGCAGGAGGCGGCGGCGCUGUGCCUGCAGACGGCCUGGCGGGGUUACCGGGAGCGACAGCGCCUCCUGCAGCGAACGGAGGCCGCGCGGGUCAUCCAGAGCGGCUGGAGGCUCCUCAGCUGCCGGCGGGCCCGGGCGGCGCGCACCGUCCAGGCGGCCUGGCGGGGACACCGCCAGAGGGGCUGCUACCACCGGCUGCGGGACGCGGUGCUGCUCCUGCAGGCCGCUGGCAGAGGCUACCUGGCGCGACAGAGGUUCAGGGCCCUGAAAGAGGAGAAGCAGGAGGAGGUGCGGCUGCAGAACGGACAGGCCGGCCCCACGCCGGAGGAGGAGCAGCCGAGGAUCAUGGGAAUGGACAUUGGAACGUGGGAGGACCGCUCGUACGAGGAGCGGGAGCGCAGCCUGCGGAGGCUGGGGUCCCUGCAGGGGGCGGAGGAGGCGGCCCCCGAGGACUCCCCGGCCGAAGGGGAGGGGGCCGGGGACAGCCGGGGCAGGGCCUCGCUGUCGGAAUCGUCCACGGCGAGGGAGAGGCCCAGGGCGGCGGACGACCCCAACCAGAAGACGAGGGCCAAGCGGGAGAGCCGCAGGAUGAGGGAGCUGGAGCAGGCCCAGUUCAGCCUGGAGCUCCUGAAGGUGAGGUCCACGGGCGGGGGCUCGCCCUCCGAGGACCGGCGGUGGUCCGCCGAGCUGAUCACGGAGGGCGCCCACUCCCCUCAGGGGACCCCCGACAGCGAGAGCUCCAGGGGGAGCUUUGAGCUGCUGGGCGCGGAGGACUACCCCAAAACCAAGCCUGUCGCCCCUGCGGCUGAGGGGGCGGGGCCAGACUCUCCGUCCGCCACGCCCGACGCCUUACCGUCCAGCCCAACGUCGCCGACAGAACCUCCAGAACCCAUGGAGCUCCCCGGCAGCCCCAGGACCAAACCGCCCAGCCUGGCCCCGCUCCCCAAAAUCGAGAACAACCUGCCCACCUUCUACGUUCCUGCCCACGAGGGCGGGGCCGCCCCCCGCCUGCCCGCCGACGCGGCCUCGCGGUCCGAGGGCGCCGGCAAGUCGUCCCGCCGGCCCGUGGUGGUGGUCAUCAGCAUGCAGAAGGACACGCCCCUGGACGAGGCCCAGGACCAGGACCAGGCCCAGGACCAGGCCCCGCCCCCGGAGCUGCGCGACAGCGCGGCCCAGACCAGCGAGCCGGCCUCCCCCGCGGCGGCCCGCGACGUGCUGGAGCGGCUGGAGCGCAUGAACGAGGAGAAGGAGGAGCGGCACAAGCAGCAGCAGCGGCAGAGGGAGCGGGAGAUGAUGGAGGAGAUCCGCCGGCAGACGGAGGUGCUGGAGACGCAGCGGAAGUGUCUGGCGCAGUACGAGAGGGAGCUGCUGGAGAAGCAGAGGGGGGAGGCGCUGCAGAGGAUCCAGCAGAGCCGGGGGGCGGGCCGCAGAGCCGACCGGCCCAGCUCCCUCCUGGUGUCCCCGGCGCCGCCCGGACCCGCCCCCCCCUCGGAGCUCUCUCCCUCCGCCGUGGACGUCCAGAUCGUGUUGCCCUCGCAGCCCCGCCCCGCUGGCUCCAGGGACCGGCCCAUCCCCGUGUUCCAGCCGGAGCGGAGGGAGGGCCGGCCGCUGCAGGACGGCUGGGCACCCAAGCUCACCCUGGAGUCCCGAGAGGGAGUGGCCAAGGGGAGGGCCCACAAAAAAUCCUCCUCCCAGACCAUCAACAUCAGCAUGACGGACAGGACUUCCAACAUCUUCUUCUCACCCAAGGACAACAAGGCCGCCAUUUCCAAGUCUGACAAGGACUUUGCCAAUCAAGAAAGGUCAAUGGCCAUCCAAAAGGAUGAACCCUCCAGCUCCAAAACCUUCAAAGGAGCGAAAGGACGCGAGGUCGCCAGACCAGGCCAUAAAAAGAAAGCCCGCAUGGCGCGGACACGGUCCGACUUCCUGACCCGCGGUUCAAACCCCGAGGGGGAGGGGGAGUCGGAGGACCAUGAGUACGAUGAGACCCCCCUGACGCCCCCUCUGUCCCCAAGCCUGCCCCACCCCGAGCAGGACACAGAGGGGGGCGCUGUACAGGCUUGUCACAGUGACUCCGAAAUGCCGUCCACGCACACGGGAGACCAGAAGAAGAUGCACAAGGCCAUGUCCUCCGGAGACCUGGGCAAGGUGGACUCCCUGAGGAAGACGUCUCACUCAGACGGAAGGGUGCGGGGGAAGAUGCGCUUUUGGGGAAAGACGAAGCAGGGCGAUAAGAAGGCCUCCAGAGAGAAGCUGGCCUGCGCUGGGGAGCUGCCGGAGGGAGAUCUGGUGGACACCGGGAUGAGCAUCGGAGAGGGACAGGAGCACAUGUCGCCCCCCCGCAGCCCGGACCUGGCCACGGAGAGGGGGAAGGAGUUCAAGGAGAACAAGGAGCCGUCUCCGCGGGUGAAGCGGCGGCGGAGCGUGAAGAUCAGCAGUGUGGCCCUGGAGCCGGCGCAGUGGCAGAACGACUCGCUGCAGAUCCUCACCAGCGCCGCCGACUACAAGAGCAUGAACGAGUUCCUCAUGAAGAAGAUGAACGACCUGGAUACUGAGGACAGUAAGAAGGACACCUUGGUGGACGUGGUGUUUAAGAAGGCGCUUAAGGAGUUCCGGUUGAACAUUUUCAACUCCUACUCUACUGCUCUGGCCAUGGACGACGGAAAGAGCAUCCGCUACAAGGACCUGUACGCGCUGUUCGAGCAAAUCCUGGAGAAGAACAUGCGGCUGGAGCAGCGGGACUGGAGCGAGUCGCCCGUAAAGGUUUGGGUCAACACCUUCAAGGUCUUCCUGGACGAGUUCAUGACCGAGUACAAGCCGCUGGACAGCUCGCUCAGCAGGGCACCCAAACCCGACCGCAAGAAGAGAAGGAAAAAGGACUCUGAUAUUGUGGAGGAGCACAAUGGCCACAUCUUCAAGUCCACGCAGUACAGCAUUCCCACCUACUGCGAGUUCUGCUCCUCCCUCAUCUGGAUGAUGGACAAGGCCUGUGUCUGCAAGCUGUGCCGGUAUGCCUGCCACAGGAAGUGCUGCUUGAAGAUGACCACCAAGUGCAGUAAGAAGUACGACCCUGAGCUCUCCUCCAGACAGUUUGGGGUGGAGGUGUCCCGUCUGACCAACGAUGAGAGGGCGGUGCCCCUGGUGGUUGAGAAGCUCAUUAACUACAUAGAGAUGCACGGCCUGUACACGGAAGGCAUUUACAGGAAAUCCGGCUCCACCAAUAAGAUCAAGGAGCUGAAGCAGGGGUUGGACACAGACGUGAACAGCAUGAACCUGGAUGACUACAACAUCCACGUCAUUGCCAGUGUUUUUAAGCAGUGGUUGCGGGAUUUGCCGAAUCCGCUCAUGACGUUUGAGCUGUAUGAGGAGUUCCUUCGUGCUAUGGGCUUGCAGGACAAGAAGGAGGUGAUUCGAGGGGUGUACUCCGUGAUUGACCAGCUCAGCAGAACACACCUCUGCACCCUGGAGCGGCUGGUCUUCCACCUGGUCAGGAUCGCCCUGCAGGAGGAGACAAACCGCAUGUCAGCCAACGCCCUGGCCAUCGUCUUUGCCCCCUGCAUCCUGCGCUGCCCUGACACCAUCGACCCCCUGCAGAGCGUGCAGGACAUCGGCAAGACCACCGCGUGUGUGGAGCUGAUCAUCGGCGAGCAGAUGAAUAAAUACAAGGCCAGGCUGAAGGACAUCAACAGCUUGGAGUUUGCGGAGAACAAAGCCAAGAGCAGGCUGACUCUCAUCCGCAGGUCCAUGAAACCCGUACUAAUCGCUGUUAGAUUUAUGAGCAUAACCCGCAGUGCCAUCCCGCCCAGUGCCGCUAAGAAGGGUAAGGGGCGACUGCGCAGGACCAGCUACCACACGCCCUCGCCCCCCAUCAGCCCGCGGUUGCCCUCGGUGACGGACGUGGUGGAGGAGAGCGCGGGUGAGGAGGUGGGCGGGGACCCCGAGCUGUCGGAGCAGCAGCAGGUGGCCAUGCAGCAGGAGGAGAGGGUGCUGACCGAGCAGAUCGAGAGCCUGCAGAAGGAGAAGGAGGAGCUGACCUUUGAGAUUCUGACUCUGGAGCCCCGGGCCUCUGAUGAUGAGACCCUGGAGUCUGAGGCGUCCAUCGGCACCGCGGACAGCUCCGAGAACCUCAACGUGGACUCUGAAGGAGCCACCUCCGACUUCUCUGAGAGAGCGCCGGCUCAGGCUGCCGCCCGGCCCAAGAAGUCUGAGGGGAAGAGCAGGAGGACCCUGAGGAGGCAGCCUGACUCCCUGGACUCGGUGGACUCCGCCUCCACCGUGUCCUCCGUCUCCUCCUCCUACCUGCAGCACUCCGGCGCCUCCGCCCGCCGCUUCCGCUUCCGGUCCAAGUCUCCGUCGGCGGGCCCGUACCGAUCCAGCCCGCUCAGCGACAGCCUGGACGGGCCCGAGCCGGAGGCUGAGGACAGGCCCCAGUACAGCAGCCGCGGGACCUUUAACCCCGAGAAGGGCAGGCAGAAGCUGAAGACCAACAAGAGCUCCCCCCAGAGGCCGCGCGACCCCCCCGAGGCCAGCGGCCGCAAGAGGGAGCCCGACUUCGGCUCCCCCCAGCAGCUGGUACUGUACGGCAGCAACGAGUUCAUGGUGUGAGAGGGAGCACCUACACCCCGUCCCGCACGCUCCUCCCCCCGCCACGCCCAGCCUCCACCCCCCUCCUCCCGCUCUCACCGCUCUUUCGGCAUCCUCCCCUCCCUGUCCACGUGCGCGUGGAGCGGUGGAGACCCCGCGCGCCACCCCAGCUGGCAGGCUGGAGGGGGGGGGGGGCAAGGGAGGGGGGUCCCGCCUCGCCAUUCGUGGCCCAGCUCUCCGUACUGUGGGGGGUGGGGUGGUGCCCCCACGGGCAGGCGGAGCCGGGAGGCGGAGAAAAGGGAAGACGGACGCUGGGAGGUGACCCGCCUGGAGCGAGAGACCCCCAGCAGCUGAUGGGGCCUGUGGCUCCAGCUAAAGGAGAGAAGAAGCCGCCACACAUCCGCCAACUGUUCAGACUGGCUGAACUGAAGCUAAUGGACCGGCUGCGUUAAGGUUUACAGUACACAGCAGACCAGUGCAGCAGCAUGCUCAAUAAUUACAACUUCGCUUUCUGUUUUUAUGUUUGUUUUCUAUCCCCCAACGUGAUUUUAAUAAUGUGGAAUAUAUAAAGCUAUAUAAAUAUAUUAAGAACUAUAAGAAGUGUAUAAAGCCAGGACACCAGUGACUGUUGGGUAGUCGAAUAUUUAUAUCUGUCACUAGUCAAGAGUAUUUUGUAGAGACAUGUAUGGGGUUGGCUUAUGGUCAUGUGUGUUUUUUGUUUUGUUUUGUUUUGUUUUUUUGUGAAAAACCACUUUGUGUGCAGUUUGUGCUGCUUUUUUUUGAUGAAAACACGGCCAUGAAAGGGACCAGCUUAGCUGGCGUCUCUCUGCCAGGGUGAUCCCAGCUGAGUAACCGUCGUUGUGUAACCGCCACACUCACCGUCUGACCGCCAUACUAAAUGUAAGGUAAUGCACGUAGUUAACCAAAUGCCUUUUCCCCCACGCCCUUGUGUGGAUAUGUGUUUCUCUGAAACCCAUUCUUUCUGUGAGACAUCAGUGUUAAACUAAAAGUAACCAAACAAGGACUUGAAUUUCUUUUAUGUCUGUCUAUUAUUAUUAUUAUUAUUAUUAUUAUUAUUGUUAUUAUUAUUAUUAUUAGUCAGAUUAUUAUUGUCACAGUUGUUGUUGUUAUAAUUUGUAAGGUUGUAGCGGUUGAGUGCUAAUGACAGCCCCUCUCCCUGGGGGAGGGAUGAGGAUGAGGAUGUGGAAGUGGGGAGCAGUCUCUAGUCCCCUUGACGGCAGGCUCAUUCAGGCCUUGACCGUCUGUGUGUUCCUCCCCGGAGAAAAGGGGCGUCCACAGUCAGGCCAUAGCUGUCAGCAACCAGGUGCUGCCCAACCCGUAUUCCCCGAUGCUAAAGAUCCCAAACCCAACCGAAGACGAGCCAGGCGCAGCUUUUCUAUGAAGUGAUGUUGUUCUCAAUGGACCCUGGUUUGGCUGGCAGCCCAGAGUGGCUAGCUAGGUGUCUCCUGUGGGAGUGUAUAGUGUGCGUUUCUGAAGAAAGCACGGGUAUUUAAGCUAGGCUGGCACCUGGGCCUUCACCGUUGUUUUAUUGUGUACUUAAAAUGGGAUCUGGGGUGACUCCGCUUGUGUCUGCAGAGCAUUAUUGUGUGGACAGGAGGUACAGUUUCAUCCCCUGUUCUGGUUCUAAGUUGGUUGCUAAUUGCUGGGUUAGUGUUUAGCGUCACCAUUAUCUCACUGGAACUCUAUGCUCUGUCCUUCAUGCUCAUUCCUCGUGCCCUUUGCCCUCUUCUGAGCAGAACUGGGAAAUGCAGGCAGGGUUCAGAGAUUCUGGGGAGGCCUCAGCAAGCCCAGCAAGACUGUCGACCACCCUUGGACCAAUCAAAAAUGAGUUUUGAAAGUUGCCCUUCUCCUUUGUACUUAGAAGUAGAGAACGUUCUGGUGGACAGGUGUCAGAGAUUUCAGAGCCAUGGGCUGAAUUAAACCCAUCAAGCAGGACUGUGUGUAUAUUUAGGGGGCUUUCACCUGCAGCAUGUCCCUCUGUGAUCCACGGGCCCUCUUCCUGGCCCCCAUCUGUUCUGGCUUGGCCCUUAGAGAGCCACUGGUGGUCCCUCCAAAUUAGCAUCCAGAAAAUAAUAAGUGUGUGCAACACAUGUCUGUUCUGCUCUAUUCAAGUUUAAAUUAAGUAAAAACAAUCCCUCCAUCAGCUGCAGUGAGCCAAACUAACUUAAAGGAAACUGCAUCUGGUAUGCUGUUGCACACGCUAAUUUAGAAUGAUUCAGGAUGUAUUCGUCAACUUUCACAUUUGUAGACCAUUUCCGAGUGGCACAAGUACAGCAGCUGUUCAUGUGAAAGCACCCGAGUCUGCAGGUGAAACAUCUCUGCAGGUUCACUGUCAAAUGGAACUUGUAUAAAGAGAGCUGCCGUCGCUGGUGCAGAGUGAACAAAACUCUGCUGAGCACACAGUGCGAAAUGUACGUUAACAUGGAUACUCUUGACACAAGGAGCCAUUUGGCUGUGUAGGAUUGCCACCAUUAGGAUAAACCAAAGCUUUUAUACGUUUCCCUGACAUGGCUGCACAUGUGAUUCAUGCCCUAUGGCAGCCUGCUGAACAGAGAAAUCAACCAGGGCCCUUUGGGGACACUGUGACUCAAUGGCACAUCAGAACUUUUACACGUGGAUUUUUCCCCAGAACAUUUCACCUUAGUUUCACUAUAUCCCACAGUCGGUCGAAAUAUAGGGUUUAAAGGUAACCGUCCUGGCUAGUAUGUAAUAAAAAAGCAGUUCACGGCAUAGACCAGUAUAUAUCCUCUAUAUAAUGCUAACAGUAUAUUGUUGUCCUGCAUUUUGAAUUUAUUAAUUGGACCCUGCUUGAAAGGGGGGGGAAGUCCUGACCACUUGUCAUACUCGUCCUUGGUAAUCUCUGGGGGACAGUGGAAGCCUUAGUCACACACAGUUUUGUAUUAAACACCUGCUUGCUGCUUGUGGCUCACGUCUGUCAAUCACACACUGACUGCAGCAUGGAUUACACUCCGCUCUAUGUAAAGACGAGUCAAAGUGUACUGUUUUUUGUUGUUAUUGUUGUUCCUGUGGUCUCAGGCUACAACACUGUAGAUUCACUCUUUGCAGUGCGAGGGGGGAGUACACUCCACCCCACUCAGCUGUAAGUAAGUGCUGUCUGCAGCCACCCUCUUCCCCCCCCCUGCUGGCGUGGGGGGUGGGGGCCCGGAGGGUGGCAAAUAAUCCGCCCAAAAUUAGUUAAACACCUCCUACCUGCCUAAUGAAAGCUGGCAUCGGUUCCCAAAGGUUUGUCAUUGUUCUUGGCAUCCUGCAAAAGUGAAUGUACUAAUCACUGGAAAAGGCAUGCUCUGCUAUCUUAUAUAUAGUAAUUUAUGAUUAUGCUAAGGAGUGUAAAUUUGAAUAUGUACCUCUUGUAAAAAGGAUAUAUUAUCCUGUGUAUGCUAUAUGUAUGUAUAUGUAUACAUAUACACAUAUGUAUAUGUAUAUGUAUGUAUUAGUAAUCAUGUUUAUUGUUUUAACUGGCCACAUCGCCUGUAAGAUUGUGCAGAAUGACCCAAUCUGAUUUGAGCUUUGUAUUUCAGUGUGCGCUGUUCUGGACACAGUCGUAUGUAUAAAGUGCAAUUUGUGUAAUAUUUCUUAAAAAAAAAAAAAAGAAAAACCUAAAAAAAAUAUAUAUAUGUCUAUG